GUAAACAGCCAAUGAGAGGCAGAGUUUACAAAGGUCUAGGAUGACAUCUGCUGUAUUGACUGUGGCCAGUCUUAAAGCUAGUUGUUGCUAUUUGGAACGUGCUGCUCUAAUUCAGAUUUAAAGAGUUUCUUCUUGUUAAUUCGAAGCUCACUGUGCCUCUUGUUUCCAAGGGAAGGAGGACUGAUUAAGUCAUCUAAAUGGAUGCAAUACUGAAUUACAGGUCAGAAGAUAUUGAAGAUUACUACACAUUACUGGGAUGUGAUGAACUAUCUUCGGUUGAACAAAUCCUGGCAGAAUUUAAAGUCAGAGCUCUGGAAUGUCACCCAGACAAGCAUCCUGAAAACCCCAAAGCUGUGGAGACUUUUCAGAAACUGCAGAAGGCAAAGGAGAUUUUGACCAAUGAAGAGAGUCGAGCUCGCUAUGACCACUGGCGAAGGAGCCAGAUGUCGAUGCCAUUCCAGCAGUGGGAAGCUUUGAAUGACUCAGUGAAGACGUCCAUGCACUGGGCCGUCAGAGGUAAAAAAGACCUGAUGCUGGAAGAAUCUGACAAGACUCAUACCAGCAAGAUUGAAAAUGAGGAAUGGAAUGAGCAAAGAGAAAGAAAGAAAGAGGAGCUGGCUUCAACCACAGAGAAAACGGAGCAGAAAGAACCCAAGCCCCUGGAGAAGUCAGUCUCCCCGCAAAAUUCAGAUUCCUCAAAUUUUUCAGAUGCGAAUGGUUGGCACCUUCGUUUCCGCUGGUCCAAGGAUGCUCCCUCAGAACUCCUGAGGAAGUUCAGAAACUAUGAAAUAUGAAAUAUCUCUGCUUCAAAAAUGAGGAAGAGCAAGACUGUCUUCUAUGCUGCCAACAUGCAGUCUUUGUUUAUAUAUUAAAAAUGUCGUGUUUAUAUGUCAUGUCUGUGAAUUGCUGAGUACUAAUUGAUUCCUCCAUCCUUGAAUCAGUUCUCAUAAUGUUUUUUUUUUUUUUUUUUGAGGCGGAGUCUCGCUAUCAC